CCCUGAACAUGAUACUUUGCAAGGAUAAACCUGGAAAAUAAAUUAAAGACUCCAGGAAACACCAAAACACAGUAGGGGAUAUUGGCUUAAUGGCUACAUGAUAAAUUACCCUUCUCCUCACUAGUACCUCUGUCAUCCAGAAAGAGGUAACUGGCUAUGUUCUUUUCUCUUAAGAAAAAAAUUACUACAUCCAGUUCCCCUUUCUUACUCCUAUAGUUCAUGAAAGUACAGCUAAUUCUCUCUCCAAGGUUGUUGAGUUGAUACUGGUCUGAGCGAUUUUUGUCUUCAUGUUACAGCUCAGCUCUCCAGUCUCUUGCUUCUGUUUCAAGCCUUUGUAUUCCUAAAAGCUUAUAUUUUUUUUUUUUCCAAUUUAGCUCUUAGUGUUUCAAAAGAUGUUGCUGUGAUCUUUGUCUUGCCCAUGUCCUUGGGGUGUCCUGGCUGCAACACUGUUUUCUUCCUUGCAGGUCAGCCAGUGCUAUUUCAGUGAGGUUUAGGAACCCUGUAGCAUCAUGGACACCCUGGCAAUGUAGCCUUGGGAGGAUUAGCAUGUGUGAUUUGAAUUCCUGCAGUCCUGGAGUAUGAACAUUGGAACACUCUUUGUAUGGCUGUCCAAUCAAUGAUUUGCCAUUUUUGCUUCUUUUUUAUUCAGAAGAGUCUAGUUGGUGGGCAUGCCUCUGAAUACAGGUUGGGGUCAAAAGAAAAAUCAAUUGCUUUCAGUUGAUUGGACAAAUAACUAAAGCAGCACUAUUUUGCUUUCUUUUAAUAUAUAUAUAAUGAACUUAAAGCUUAUUUAAAUAUCCUACAUUUUUGAUUCUGUGUGAAACUCACACUGUUAUGACUCAAGCUCUGCAUAAAAAUCCACAAGGAAGAACAUAGAAAAAGCUAAAUACUGACUUUGUGUGUUUAAAAAAGGAUGGAAAAGUUUCUUUGCAGGUGGAUAUAUAGUAUGUAUAUAUAUACAUACAGCCAUAAUACCCACACUGUGUGUGGGGAAUGUAUGUACAAGUUUACAUACACACACAAACACUCGCACAGUAUCUCUGGUCUCUGGAUAGAUGGAAAUGUCACUUGAUUCCAGUACUUUCCUUGAUUAUAGUUGCUGUGUCCAGGAACCUCAGGCUUGUUUCUAUGGCAGCUAUUCCCAGUUCAGCUAUUUGCUCAAUCCCCAUUUGGCAGUAAGUGGAAGAUGUUGUGGCACUUCACAGUGAGCACGUCUCAGAGGGGCUGAGAAUGGGUGCAGAGCUGUGUGCAGGUGACAGGCUCAGACAGGAGGGACUCGUGUGCAGCAGGCUGCAGCAUGGCCUCCUGUGGCACUGGUCUCGGCUUGCAUUCAAGGGCUUCACGGACCAGCCCAGAUUUCUCUCUCUCUCUCCUUGUUCUUCUUAAUUUUUUUUCCCUUUGUUUUCCUUCCCUGUUGCCCUGCUCUGAAGCAGGACUGCAAGAUCAGGAUGGCAUAAUGAGCAGGAACACUAGGGAACCUGUGCUGCACUAGACAGGCUGACUAAUCUCCCUUUAAAUAAUCUCCCUUUAAAUAGUCUGGAAGCACACUGGCGAGUUUCUCUUUCAGGAGCCAUAAAUAGCCAGAUCCAUGCUGCACAAUGGCUGCUGCAUUCCCUGUCCUGGAGCAAGAAACUUUAUUCCGGAAUGGUACCUGGAGCUACCGAAUUCCAGCCCUGCUCUACCUGCCACGGUUCAGCAUGAUCCUGGCCUUUGCUGAGGAACGAGAGGACCUGGUGGAUGAACAUGCCAAGCUGAUAGCCAUGCGCAGAGGCAUGUAUGACCCAGCCACGCAGCACGUUCAGUGGAAAAGGAUGGAGACUCUUGUCAGUGCACAGCUUGAAGGCCACCGAUCUAUGAACCCCUGCCCAGUAUAUGAUGAAGUCUCGGGGAAACUCAUCUUGUUCUUCAUAGCCGUCCCAGGAAAGAUCUCUGAGCAGCAUCAGCUGAGGACAAAAAUCAACCUGGUACGUCUCUGCUAUGUCACUAGCAUGGACCAAGGACGCACCUGGAGCACUGCCCAGGAUGUCACUGACAGGACCAUUAGGAAUGAAUACAAGAACUGGGCCACAUUUGCAGUGGGGCCAGGUCAUGGAUUACAAUUGCUCAAUGAGGCCCGGAGCCUUGUGAUUCCUGCCUAUGCCUACCGUAUCUUGGACCCCAAGAAACACCCCACCCCUCAUGCCUUCUGCUUCAUCAGCUCUGACCAUGGGAUAACAUGGGAGAAGGGAAACUUUGUGGGGGAGGAGAGUGCAGUGGAGUGCCAGGUAGCAGAGGUUCAUACCUGUGGCAGAAAGGUCCUUUACUGUAAUGCAAGGAGCAACAGGGGAGCCAGGAUCCAGGCUGUCAGCUACAACCAUGGGCUGGACUUUGAGGGAGGCCAGCGGGUUGAAAUGCUAAUAGAACCUCCCUCGGGAUGCCAUGGAAGUGUAACUGCCUUUCCACCUCCCCUGGAUACCAGGUGUCAAGAUAGUUGGUUACUCUAUGCUCAUCCUACAGACCCAAGGGGUCGAAAAGAUUUAGGAAUUUACCUCAACAAAAGCCCUUUAAAUCCAGCACACUGGACAAAACCCAGCAUACUCUUCAAGGGCCUGUGUGCUUAUUCAGAUCUGCAGUACAUGGGUGUUGGGCCCGAUGGCUCACCUUUGUUCUCCUGCCUCUUUGAAUAUGGGACUCACAGACAAUGUGAAGAGAUUAUUUUUGUCAUGUUCACCUUGAAGCAAGCCUUUCCUUCAGAACACUGAGUCUCAAGCCUUUCCAUCAUCAUCCUUCAGAAAACCAUCUUUGCUGAUGCUUUUUAUUGUCAUUUCUCAUCCCUUAGCAAAAGGAUUUUUUUUACUCCUGCUGCACACAUAGUUUGGUGUUGGCUUGUUGUGUCUGUAGAUUGUGAAGUCCAUUAAACAUACCACAACUUAACACA